AUGUCAUGCCCUUUCAUCAGGAAUUUGAGCUUCCAGUUCAACGACCUCAGCAAGGAGGUGAUGAUCAUGCUCACUUUGAUCAACGGCGACCUGAAAGGCCUCUAUGAGGACUUCUUCCUGAUAGUUUGGAAGGUCAGCACAUUCAGGAAGACAGGCGCAUACAGGGCUCAGGUGACCUACACAAACCAACUUGCUUUCUCCAAAACCCAGGUCGUGAAUGGGAACGUCAUCAGCACUGGAACCUGCGUCAAGAUCAAUGACAGCGAGAAAACAACUCUGACCCAGGCCAACGAUGUCUAUCAUUUCUCUCCCCCUCAAGUGGGAACCUCUGGUAUCCUGCAGGCUGUGAACAGGACUGGAGCGGUUCAAGAUCUCGCAGUCAGCUUUCUUAACAAAGGAGAUUUGAUGCCCAUGCCUGCGCUCUACUUCAACAAAGUUGACCCUCACAGCCCAAAACGCAGAGAUGAGAGUAGUGUCAAGGCUCAGUUCACUCCAAUCCUGCAUGUCUACAUCACGUCAGACUAUCAAGAGACUGCAAUCUUGCGAGGUGCCAUCAACACCCCUGUGAUCUGGAUGCAGGACCUUGCUGUGCUUGCCGAGAACACAACUUGGAACCUCAAGUGCGACAUGGCCACUGGACGUUACACGGUCAUCCAAGCUUGA